AUGUUCUCCCUGCAGGCACAUUUGGGCCGCCAUACGUGGGAUCUGCCACUCGACAAAUUCGAGACUAUCGCUCAGCUCAGCUUUAUUGCCGAACUCUCGUUCCUUAUUUGUCAAGGUUGCACCAAGAUUUCGGUGUUGCUCUUCUAUCGUCGACUGGUCAAAGACACAUACGCCAAGGUCUGGAAGUUCGCAGUCAUUGGAGCUAUAGUAUUCACCGCACUUUGGACCCUCGCCUUUCUGUUCCUGCUCAUCUUCAAUUGCAGCCCAACAGAAGCAUACUGGAGGUCCUUUAAGCCUACAUACACUCGCCCAUAUAAUUGUGUCGACACGACCAUAGUCAACCUGCUGGCUGGUAUAUUUGCCAUUAUCAGCGAUUUCUACGCUGUGGUCUUGCCCUGCAUGAUGACCAGACGAUUCGACCUGCCUAGAGCGCAGAAGCUCGCGCUCAACGGACUUUUUUCGAUAGGCCUCGUGGUCGUUGCCGCAGGCGCUGUCAGGACGUACUACCUGUACCGGGUUGGACACACCGGAGAUGUGAGCUGGAACAUAUUCAAUGCGACGGCCUGGUCUCAGUGCGAGCUACAAUUAGGUGUAGUGUGCGCUUCUCUACCAACGAUGAGAGUGCUUUUCAGGAAAUACUUGAACAAUACCACCUCGCGAGCAAUCAGUAAUGUUCGCUCCCUUGGCUCUCACAACAGUCAACACAGUCGUAUGGGAUCGAUCAGGCGUGUCAACGGCCCCGACGAUCGAUGCGAGCGAGAAGAGUUUAGUAUGAAGCAUAUGCGUACAGUGAGCGAGAUGAAAGAACUCGAGGGAGAGCCGGAACACCAUUCGCCUUCUUCGACCAGCCCCAGCACAACACAAUUGUUCAAAGGAUCAGGACCAGAGAAAUAUGCUUUGCAGCAUGUACACGAACCAAGGGGAUACCCAGCGGAGUGGCCAUUGGCACCACACCCAACACAACCACGCGGAUCGCUGUAUGAGCUAGGGUAG